AUGGCAGGCACAGCGACUGCUAUGCCACUACAACAACUCAUAGCAUCGUUUGAUAAAACUCAGCUGCCAAAAAUUCUAGAGGUUUGCUCAGGGGUUUACUAUCAAGGAUCAGUAUAUGAGCUCUCUGGGACCGAAAUGUGCUUGUCCACUGGGGACCUAAUUAAAGUUAUUGAUACUGAGUUAUCAUCAGUCACCUGUGAAGACAAUAGCAACAAUGACAAGUUUGAACUCCCUAUCAACUACAGAGGCUUGUUCAAGAUGGUUCCAGAGGACAUACCUUACAGCACAGUGGAGGAAAUGCUGAGUCUAAGGCCAGCGGGCCUGGGCUCCUGGCUCCCUUUCACUUUCACCAGCCACUGUGAGGUGAGCGUCGACAGCAUCACUCUGGAAGCCAGGACAAAGGUGACUGUGCUCUCCGUCGAGCAGGUUGAGGGGCACGAGGGCCGGGUGCGCUGCCACGUAAAAGGACAUCAAGGAGCUUUGGUGGAAGUGAUGAUACCCUUUUCCUGCCGAGGGGAGUUCUACGAAUGUGAGAGUAAUGACGUUUUCACCCUCAAGGAGAUCAUGUCCUCACCCUACAUGUGUACCCGUAGAUUCUGCCUGACCAAUGCCACCACGCACAAUCAGCCGCUUGUCCUCAGCCCUGUAUACCAGGUGCAGGCCAUAAUGCACUUAAGGAAGACUGUAGUGAAGUUCUCCUCCAACUUAGAAGUGGAUGUGGUUGAUGUGACUGAGCGGUGUAAGGAAAUGAACUUCAUUAGUCCGUUAACUUUGGGAGAGGUCCUCUCUCAGCCAGAUGAAGUCUUUCCCACCAUGGCAGAGGUACUGGAAAACCCAGAGAACCACGCUUUGUUUUGCACCAGCUGGCUGCCGAAAAUUAGAAAGGGCUGCCAACUGGUCCUCCACAGUAAAGGAAACUCAGCUAUGGUCCUGGCCUCCAGCAGGAAGGGUCGGAAGGCACAGCAGUUCUUCCUGAUAUCUCAGCAGUACAAUGGACAAUUUAAGAAGAGUCCAAGGGAGUUCAAAUCGGUGUAUGAGCUCUAUGUUGCUUUUGCCGGGACACCAGGUCUCACUGUUAGUGUAACAAGCAACAUCGAGGAGCAGGAGGAGGAUGGCAUACCUAUCCUCAGUGUGGGGGACCAGCUGGAGGUUGUACGCUGUGAAAAGGCGAAGUCCGCUUGUGGAGAUAGCAAAGGACAGAAGCAGACCACUGAGGUCCUAGUUUGUCGGCUCCUCCAAGACCUGGAUGAGAAUGAUGAUGAAGAGGAGGAAGUCGAGAAGGAUGAGAGUGAAGAACUUAGUCUGCCGCUGUACAUGCAGUGUCACUUUGUUGAAAAGAUAAGCGAUAAAAAGAAAUACAGACUGAAGGACCUGGUUAAAAAAUUAACUCUGCCGGUAAAUGUUAAGGUGGUGAGUCGUGAAUCAAAAUCGGAGACGGAUCCUUUGUGUGGGCUCACAUCGCUCAGACUAGAGGAAGCAACUUUAGAGCCCAACAUUCAGGCGAGCCUUCCAAACAGCCUACAGCAUUGCUUUGGGAUCCCCGCCCGCUGGCUCUCUAUGACCAUUUUUUUAACCAAAGAUCCCCUGCCAUGGCCUAAGGAGCAACCACCAAAGUGUCAAGUGGAAAGCGUGACUGAGGUGACACAGUCAUUCUAUUAUGAGUUCUGCAAGCGGACUUCCUCAGGUGACCUUCCACCCCCACUACCACCAAAGCCAAAUCAAUUCACAUCUUCAAACCCUUCAAAGAAAGCUUCGUCAAAGCCUUCCAAGAAAAAGUCACCUGAGAGGGAAACUCCUGAACACCCUCCAGAUUCUACGAGAAGUAACUUAUUGAUAAAACAUUUGCACAACAUGUCCAUUACCUACAAAAAGAGGCCACUCGCUCCCCCACCACCGGUAAAUAUUACCCAUGGGGAACUCUAUAAGAAGUUGAAGAGCUUUGAUUAUUUUUGCAUAGUCCCCCUCAAUGUUGUGUGGCAACAGCUCUUGAAAAAGCCUUGUCUAAGCUUAAUGCAAGUAUAGGUUGAUCCUAUUUUAAGUUUGUCAAGACAGAGAAGGCAACUGUUUAAAAGGUCUUUUGUCUUCCUAUUGCUUUGCAGGUAAUCUCAUGUGAUUCACCUCCACCAGUUACC